AUGUCCUUCGCUAGUUUUUAUCGAAAACGCUGUGCUCAAAAAUUCAUUCUCGCCUAUUUCAAGCACAUAACUCUCCGAAAUCCCAACAUUUAUCACGAGGAUUUUCAGAAAAUUGAGAAGGGCGUGCUCACUCAGACUUAUCGUAAGUUUCUUUUUUUCUUGGCAAUAAAUUUUAAUCUCUAAAGAUUUUCAGAAGGCGCUGUAAAUUCACUGCUCUCCUUAUCAUCUGAAAAUCUCGAGCCCUACUACAGUAGCCUGGAUGCGAUGCUGAAUUAUUCAUAUCUGGAAUGGGAAAUCGAAUUUCAGACAAUUUUUGUCAGACAACGGGAAAAUGGACUUCUGGAAAUUCGCCUGGAUCAUUCGGAUUCUUCAUUUUUCCUGAAAUCCGAUGAGAAUGUUGAAGGAGGUUUCAAAAUUGUGUUGAUUGUUGUUUUUUAA